AUGGAGGUGGCUUUGGCACUUACACAUCCCAAAGAGAUGCAAGAUCUUUCUAUGGCUGGCCUUGAACGAGAGGCUCCCUACAACAGUUCCUCACAUUCUAGAUUUUGCAUUUUCACCAUGUCCCUUCUGCCACGGCCACGACACUCUCCUUCACGUGUUGCGCGAUUGCCCUCGAGCCACAACCCUAUGGCUUCGUUCAUCUUGUCGCACCCCCAAAACCAACGUGCCUUCUUCUCUUCCCCGCUAUGGGGGUGGAUCCGCACCAAUCUCCACCACCCUUGGUCCAGCGUUGACUCCCAUGAAAAGGAUGCUGUUUUAUUCGCUGCCAUGGUUUGGUUACUGUGGAAGGAUAGAAAAAGUUGGGUGUGUGAUGGACGUAGUUUUUCGUCCGAAAGAGUGCUGCAACGUGUGGCUACUCUAGCUGAAGAUUAUGGGGGACUCGUUGGAGUGGAACACUCUUCUCCGACCACCGUUGUACGCUACGUUUCAUGGUGUUUCUACUGGAACCAACCCCCUUCGCAGCUUCACUUGCGCUCCGUCACACAAACUUCAACUCUCCUCUCUCCCAAGUUUUACUUCCCUUCCUUCAAAUUGAGCCACUUGCUCAGCAAUAAAGUGAAGCAAAUUAGUCUUGCCAUCUGUGCUUUUUACGUCAGAGAACUUAGGUUGAAACCAUGGGCAUUGCCUCUUGAAGUUCCAGCAUUCAUUCGGUUGCCAGCUUUGAGAAUGGCCUCAAGGAAUUUCAGAAGCAGACCACUACUCUUCAUUACAACCCAUUUCAAGAGUUUUUAG